AUAUGAUAAAUUCAACCAAUUCAACUGUAGGCCAUCAUUCGCCAGUCAGUGAAAAUGCAACAUCAUCCUCAAGAGCUAUUUAUGAUUCAAGUAGUAUGCUACAGUUAAAUCCUAAAACAGAGGAUGACGUUUUGUGUGAAAGUAAUCCUCAAAGUUUUUCUAUGAUAGAUGAUGAUAGUGUGGACAAACUAGACAUUGAGGAUGCGAAACGCAUGUUGCGAGAUGUUAUGCUUCAUAUUCGAGCAUACGAAACAAUGCUGGAAAGAUCAACACGGGAAUUUGGAUUAAAAGUUGAGUUUUACCAAUAUGGAAUUGUUUGGUGCCCGCUUCUAAUGAGACGAUUUUUUAAC